ACUGAAGUUGUUUGCAAAUUGAAAGUAGAACCGUAUUCAAACAUACAUGAGGAAGUGCUGCCUCUCAUAAACCGCUGUAAACUUCUUUCUUGCUCAGAGGGAAGUGAAACCUCUGCAUGGCCGCAGAGAGAGAGAGACUCUGCUGGUCAUUAGAGCAGCCGCUGCUUCACUCAUGAGAACGCGCUGCUGACGACGCAUCCCAGGCAGAAGGAGGUUGUAUCAGUCCAGAGAUGGGUUUUGGUGAGGAUCUCCGGUGUCCGCAGGCGCACGCGGCCGUCAUGAGGCUCCUGGACUCCGAGCUUCACCUGAUGGAGGUCAUGAAGAAGUGGAUGGGUCAGCGGGCGAAGAGUGAACGGGAGUUUUCAGUGCAACUCCACCAAAUGACGGCCAUUGCUGAGAAGAUGGAGCGGCCUCAGACCAACCCGGGAGCGGACUACAUCAGUCAACUUAGCAAGUCGUGGGGAGUGCUGGUUUCGCAGACCGAGUCCCUCAGCCAGGUGAUGAGGAGGCGCUCCGAGGAGCUGCUGGACGGGCCCAUCAGCAAACUGACUCUGCUCAUCAGAGACAAACAGCAGCUCCGCAAAACCUACGCAGAGCACUGGAGCCUUCUGCGACAAGAGCUCAACAAGGUGACCCACACAGAGCUGGAGAGGCUGAAGAGCAGCUACAGGCAGGCGGUAAAAGACACAGCUCUGGCAAGGAGGAAGUACCAGGACAUGAGUAAAGAUAAGGAGCGAGAAAAGAACAGGGAGCGCUAUAUAAAGGCUUCCCUUAAGCUGCAUGAGCUCCACAAUGAGUACGUGCUGUCAGUGCAAGCGGCUCAGGUUUACCAUCAGCAUCACUACAGCCAGAUGCAGCCGGCUCUGCUGAGCGCACUGCAGACCCUGCAGGAGGAGAUGGUGCUCAUCCUGUCUGUCGGGGAGAAUCCUGUUUGUGCAGAUUUUGACUGCAGCCUCCUGGAGGACACGGAGCAGCUGAGGCCCAAAGAGAUCGAGCUGAAUGACCUCACCUUGGAGACGAUCCAGCACAAGCUGACUGCGAUCGAAGAGGAGCUGCUGGCCCUGUCUUGGUCUCUGGGCUCUCAGCAGAUGUCUGUGGAGCAGCUGGAGCUGGAGCUGGACAACGAGCUGGACAAAGACAAAAAAGGCCAGAGGGUUUAUCAGUUCAGCAAGAGACAUGCAAUGGAGGAGUGCAGACAGCAGGUUGCUCUGUCUCAGGGUAUAAAAGCCAAACUGGAUGUUCAGAGACUUCUUAUAACGGAGAAACUGGACCAGCUGGGCUUCAGAGAACCUCCACAAGCCCUCAGGCUGGACAUGGACUCUGUUUCGCUUUCAUCCAGCACAAGCAAUGAAAAUGUUCAAACUUCGGGUAAAAUCCUCGUGGAGGGGAUCAUGAACAACCUGAGCAACCUGAGCAACCUGUUUCGACACAAAUCUGAGGUUCACCAAGUCCCCACCGUAAAGGAAGUGGACCGGCCCCUGUCUCAGCAGGACUGGUAUCACGGGGCCAUUCCCAGGCUGGAGGUGCAGCAGCUGCUCCAGAACGACGGAGACUUUCUGGUGAGGAAGAGUCAGGAGAAACAGGUGGAUGUCAUCUCUGUGCAGUGGGAAGGAUCGUGCAAGCACUUCCUCAUUCAGAACACGGAUAAUUUGUACCGUCUGGAUGGAGAAGGUUUCCAAAGCAUCCCGAAGCUUAUCAACCACCUGCAGUCGUCUCGUUUACCCGUCACCAGGAAGUCAGAGGCCAUCCUGAAGAAACCAAUACUGAAAGAUAAAUGGGUGCUUGAACAUGAUGACAUUAUCUUGGGCCCCCUCAUUGGAAAGGGCAACUUUGGGGAGGUGUACAGAGGUCGUUUACGCUCCGAUAACACUCCUGUCGCUGUGAAGUCCUGCAAAGAGAAUCUGGCUCCAGAACAUAAGAGCAAGUUCCUGAUGGAGGCCAGGAUCUUGAAGCAGUACAACCAUCCGAACAUCGUAAAACUGAUCGGAGUCUGCACACAGAAACAGCCCAUCUACAUCAUCAUGGAGCUCGUUUCAGGUGGGGAUUUCCUCACCUUCCUGCGGAUCGAGGGUCACAGUUUGACUCCUAAGAUGUUGGUCAAAAUGACUGAAAAUGUAGCAGCAGGAAUGGAGUACCUGGAGAGUAAAAAGUGCAUCCACAGGGACCUCGCAGCCAGAAAUUGCCUUGUUGCAGAACACAAACUGGUGAAGAUAAGCGACUUUGGGAUGUCCCGCGAGCGAGAUGACGGGGUCUACUCUGCAGAGGGGGGUCUGAGGCAGAUCCCCGUCAAAUGGACCGCUCCAGAGGCCCUGAACUAUGGUCGCUAUACCACUCAGAGUGAUGUGUGGAGCUUCGGGAUCUUACUGUGGGAGACGUUCUCCAUGGGGAUGACGCCCUACACCAGCAUGAAUAACCAGCAGACACGUGACGAGGUGGAGAAAGGAUACCGGAUGCCAGCUCCUCACGGCUGCCCCGUGGAGAUCUCCAGGGUCAUGAGCAACUGCUGGCAGUAUGACCCCAAAAACAGACCAACGUUCAAGAAAAUUCGGACUGAGCUCAAUGCUAUACACAACAAAAUCACAUGACACACUUCUCUGUCAUAGGGUUUUUUCUGUCCUUUUAUUAGUAGCCUGUUGUUGUCACUUGUUUUAUAUAUUUAGUUUCCUUCUGGUGAAGAGCUGAACACUGAAAAAGUACUCAAAUAAAAAAAGA